GUCGAGAGUCGAUUUCCAUCUCGGUAAAAAACAUCUAGGCCAACCAAAUUCCAUAAAUUUUGAAGCAGGGAAAAGUUUAUCUUCUUUGAAAUUAAACAAACUGUUGCUAGCAAUAAUUCAUAAACUAUAAUGCUAUCUCAAUGUAUUAGUAUCAACGAGAAUUUCAGGAAGUUUUUAAGGCGGUAACCACCAUAUAACCUAGAAGGACACAAUCAAAUAAGUUUUAUCCGAUGAAAAGGUAACAGAGUGCCAUCGAAUGCUAAAUCCACCUUUGCAGUAUAUGAACAUAUUACAAGACUAUUUUCUCGAAAGAUGUUGGUAUCGACGUUAUAGUUGAUUGCAUCUAGUGUAGUCAACGAUUGCUGUGAUAUCUACCGGUUAAAUUUAUAUAAUUAGUCGAUAGAAAACCAACCCAAAGAUGGAAACCAUAUACGACUGGUACAGAGACCUCAUUGACAACAAAGGCGAUCCUCGCGUCAAAGACUGGCCAAUGAUGUCGUCGCCAUGGCCGACGUUCGCCGCCUGCGUGACGUAUGCGUACUGCGCGCGAGUUCUUGGGCCCCGGCUCAUGGCCAACCGAAAACCAUUCGAGUUUAGGACUGUGUUAAUUGUCUACAACCUUGCACAAACACUCUUCAGUGCCUGGAUAUUCUACGAAUAUUUAAUGAGCGGAUGGUGGGGUCACUACAACUUCACAUGUCAACUAGUCGAUUAUUCAAGGACUCCAUUGGCAAUGAGGAUGGCGAAUACAUGUUGGUGGUACUACUUCAGCAAGUUCACGGAGUUCUUCGACACUCUGUUCUUCGUGCUGCGCAAGAAGAAUGAGCACGUGUCCACUCUCCACGUGAUACACCACGGGAUCAUGCCGAUGUCCGUCUGGUUCGGGCUCAAGUUCGCGCCAGGUGGCCACAGCACUUUCUUCGCGCUGUUGAACACUUUCGUCCACAUAGUAAUGUACUUCUACUAUAUGGUGUCAGCAAUGGGGCCCAAGUACCAGAAAUUCAUCUGGUGGAAGAAGUACCUCACCGCCUUCCAGAUGGUCCAGUUCGUGAUGAUCUUCACGCACCAACUGCAAGUGCUGUUCCGGCCGUCGUGCCAGUACCCGCGCGUAUUCGUGCACUGGAUCGCGCUGCACGGGUUCCUGUUCUUGUUCCUCUUCAGCGACUUCUACAAGGCGCGCUACAACAGCAAGAAGGCCAAGUCGAAGAAGAUGACCAACGGCCUCUGUAUGGCUGUCAUGGACGAGAACAAUCUAAGCGUGAAGAACGGCUACAAGCAAGAGGCUGGUUCGGAGAUGGGAGCGUCGUACGCGUCGUCCGCCGCCGACGCCUUCGUGCGCAAGCGGCCCGUGUCGUAAGCCGCCCGGCGCUGAUCUGAGACUGAUUCCAGAGGGAACCUCACCGCCGACUUCAUCGAUCUUUUGUAAAUAAAUCUCCAGCCUCAGGCUCAGUGAAUCACCUCGGCCGUAUGGACUCGAUCCCUCGCCUGUCCUUUCAACUCACGAAUCCACUCCAGUGGGGUCGGCGAACACCCGAACGCCUACGAUUAGCUUUAAGGUCUCAAUACCGGACGCGGAGCCGGAGGGAUGGGGCCGUAUCACAAUGUUUACUACGAGUGCUGACGAAUAUUCGUCACUCACCUCGGCCCGGUAGCCAGUGAGCCGCGUGGGACCGUGGUGGCGGCCGGGUCGCGUGGAUGCUUAGUUACCCUUAGUGAAGUGCAUUCCGCUCUUCCCGUCUCAUGUUGCUAAUUCGUUCCAAACGCAUUGAGGUCUGACUGCGACGAAUCUGAUGACUGAUUUAUUUAAAAGUGACCUCUUUUAGGCUAUAUUAUUCGUCAAUAAUUUGCGCAGAAAAUGACGUUGCCAGUUGCAAAAAUUCGUCAGCAGAUAUGUCGCGAUUGGGCCUCGGUACCCGCGGUCGACGCCGAUCCUAGGAGCGUGCCUUAAUCAUUCCGCCGCGUAGGCUGAAUCGUUUUGUAAUAAUGUUCCCACUUCCGACGCACAUUACGAAUGUUGGGGCACUUUCUAUUUGAUUCUAUUAAAUAUUAGAACAAUUUGUUAACUUAUGACGACCACAUUUUAUCGAAACAUUUGGAACAAAUAUUUUUAAUGCACAAAGUCAUUCCAGAACUUACGUGGAUGAUGAGCUGAUACUUUGUCAUUUUAAGUACAAAGAGUGUAGGGACUGAAUGAUAGCAUUUUAUGCAUUGUUAUAUCUUGAUUGAUUCGCUAUCCAGCUUGUAUUUCUGUAACUUUAUUUAUAUUAAUGAAUUGUUUGUAAACUUAUUUGAUCAGUCGGUCUUGUUAACCUGUCACAACACAAUAAGUAAGCGUAGGUGAAGUGAGAAGGGCAUUUUGUAUGUGUAUAUUUUUAUUAUAAAUGAAUUAGCUGUUAAAUCAUUUAAGGUACUUGGAGGUUAACGGAUUUAUUUGUAAAUAUAACUUUGUUACAGAGUUUGCUGGUUUUAUGUAAUUAUUAGGUUUAAUGGGACUAGUUACCAAACUCUGUCUUGGCUAUUGAUGAAUCAUUAGCUGCAUUUUUAUGUUGUUGCACUGUGCUCAAGUUUUAUAUUUUUAUAAUCUCGAGUUCUUAAAUAAAUCAUGUAUCUUGUUACACAUAUAAACUUGUUAAUACCUUUUUUGUAACAAAUCGAACAAUGAGGACAAAUUCUUGGAAAUAUUGUUGCACUUUUUUAGAAGAUUUAUAGCUACGUAAGUAAUUCUCUAAGAAAGUGUUUUAUUUUUUAACAAAUGCUACUUACUACAAAACUGAGGCAAACACCCGAGCAAUUGUAUUCUUCUCGAAUGGUAUGUUAGUUAUUCUGGGAGUCGAUUUUGAAUAUUACCAAUAUUUUUCGAAUAUUUCGUGAACUUGCUGAACGAUUAGUGAUUUGCAAACAAUGAGGGUUUUCGCGAUUGAAAAAUCCUCCAGAUGGCAAUACGUAGACGCAGUGGCGGCGUAGCAUGGGUUGGCACCCGGGGCGAUCACCCCCCCCCCCCGUCACAAGUCACCCUCUGGUACCCCCCAGGAUUUUGGGGUUACCUACCGAUUCGAAGAUUGACAGACAAUCCUCCCCCCCCGUAUCAUGACAUAGACCGCAGAUGCAGAUGUGCCAGUGAGUACUUAUCUAAUAAAUCUGCGCGACUUUUGUCACCCCCUGAUGCUUGGCACCCGGGGCGGACCGCCCCCACCGCCCCCCCCUUACGCCGCUACUGCGUAGACGCGAGGUCCAAAUGCUGCAUGAUUGGUGGAUUUUGACAUAUCUGUCAAUGUCAUGUCAAAAAUAACCAAUCAUGCAGCAUUUGGACCUCACGUCUACGUAUUGCCAUCUGGCGGAUUUAUCAAUCGCGAAAACCCUCAUUGAACAAAAUUAAUUGUCAGUUGUAAAAACAUUGGUUCAAUGAAAGUCAUUUACAUUAACUAUAUUUUUUAAUUGUUUAAGUGUUUACGUUGUUUUAUUCGCGUGUAUGUGAUGUGAUACAAAAUCGACUCCCGGCUCGAAUGCACAGUGUGGGCGUCUCAUCAAGAUGUGUAGUAUUGUUUGUAUCACGUUUGGUGUGUCGAUGCUUUGGAUGUCGCAAGUGUGGUGAGUGCCGGUAGCUUGGCGCUAGAUCUGCUCAAGUAUUGCUGUGUAUUCACUCUUUUGCAUCUUUAUUUAUUAUUUUAAUAAAGGAUUUUACAGAAA